UUCAAACAGUCGUUCACUCCCGUGAUACCUUGAAAAAGGCCCCGAAAAAGUAACGUCAUCUAACUGAUCAGAGCUUCUAUUUUGAAACGUGAAAUCAUCUGACCCGGAAGUGAAGGAUGACGGAUAAUUUUCUUAAUUCCUAAACUUCAGUUAUCUUGUCUUUUCUUAUUCAGAAACUGUAAAAUAAAUAAACAAAAUGACUGAACACUGAAGUAAAUUUAUUUGAGAUAUAAAUGACAAAAACUCAGUGUUUGUAUCUAGUUGUUGAGCAAUAUUGUGACGUUUUCUUUAUGUCUGUGGUGUUUAUGUGUCACGUAGCUCGCGCUUUGUUUUGCUUUGUGCUAGAUCAAUCUGUAGCCUUUAGCGCGCGCGAGCUGACAGUUUAACACAUGAGCGUAUCACUUGUAGUGAUCCGUCUGGAGCUCGCGGACCAGUCGCUCAUGCCACAAGGUUUUCAGUACUGUGCCGAUGAGAUGUCUGAAGAGGAGAUGCGAGACAAGGCCCUGGCCUCGGCCAGGAUGGCACUCGGGGGCAAGACGGAGAUAGAGAAGGCCGCUAUCCUCCAUCAGCACAUGGGCAGCCGGGCCAUGUCAGACAUGGUGAUUGAGACUCUCAUGGCGAGCUCAGAUGUACCUGAGGAGAAAGGGGGAGCACAGUCGACCGAGGAAAGUGGCAGCAGUAAAACGGAGGAUAGCGAUGCCACAAGAGUCCCCGAAUCGCCCUCCAAACAGCUUCCAGAUCAGAUCUCUUUCUUCAGCGGCAACCCAUCUGUGGAGAUUAUCCAUGGCAUCAUGCACCUCUACAAGACAAACAAGAUGACAUCGCUGAAGGAAGACGUGAGGCGCAGCGCCAUGCUUUGUGUGCUCAGUGUGUCGACAACAAUGACCAGCCAUGACCUCAUGAAGUUUGUGGCACCUUUUAAUGACGUCAUGGAGCACAUGAAGAUCAUCCGUGAUUCUAUGCCCAACCAGUACAUGGUGCUGAUAAAGUUUGCCACCCAGGCUGAUGCUGACAGCUUCUAUACAACCUGCAAUGGCCGGCAGUUCAACUCCAUUGAGGAUGCCGUGUGCCAGCUGGUCUAUGUCGAGAGGGCCGAGGUGAUCAAGUCUGAAGAGGGGGCCAGUUUACCAGUGAUGGACUUGACUGAGCUGCCCAAAUGCACGGUGUGUCUGGAGCGCAUGGACGAGUCGGUGAACGGUGUACUCACCACCCUGUGUAACCACAGCUUCCACAGCCAAUGCCUGCAGCGCUGGGAGGAUGCCUCGUGCCCUGUGUGCCGGUACUGUCAGACCCCGGAGACUGUGGAGGAGAAUAAGUGCUUUGAGUGCGGCGUGCAAGAGAACUUGUGGAUCUGCCUGAUUUGCGGCCACAUCGGGUGCGGACGCUAUGUUAGUCGCCAUGCCUACAAGCACUUUGAGGAAACACAGCACACCUACGCCAUGCAGCUGACCAACCACAGAGUCUGGGAUUACGCAGGAGAUAACUAUGUGCAUCGGCUGGUGGCCAACAAGACGGACGGCAAAAUCGUGCAGUAUGAGUGUGAGGGUGACUCCUGUCAGGACGAGAAGAUCGACUCACUACAGCUUGAGUAUUCUUAUUUGCUGACCAGCCAACUGGAAUCACAACGCAUCUACUGGGAAAAUAAAAUCGUUCAUCUAGAAAAAGAAACAGCGGAAGAGAUCAACAAUAUGAAAUCCAAAUUUAAGGAGACGAUCGAGAAGUGUGACAACUUGGAGCUCAAGCUGAACGAAUUAACCAAAGAGAAACAGGCCAUGGAGAAAAAAUGCUCCCAGUUGAACAACAAGGUGGCCAAGCUGGGCCAGGAGCUACGGGAGGAACAGGAGAUGAACCGAUGUCUGCGAGCCAAUCAGCAGCAGCUCCAGACGAAGCUGCAGGAAGAGGAGAAUAGAGGUAAGGAGGCCAUCGCUAAGAAGGACGCCCAGAUUGAAGAGCUCCAGGAGCAACUGCGUGAUGUCAUGUUCUACCUGGAGACACAGCAGCAGAUCAGUCGCAUGCCCGCUGAGACACGGCAGGAGAUCCAGGAGGGCCAGAUCAACAUCGCCUCAGCCCCUGCAGCAUCCAUGCCAGGACCCUCCACACAUAGCACAGGCAAGACUACUUCAAGAAAAGGGCGAGCCAAGAGAGGGAAGUAG